GUCCUCCCAGGGCUCAUCACCUCCAAGGAUGGGGUCAUCUUGAGGCCAGAAAGGCAUUUUGCAGGAGGGAAAAUUCCUCCUUUCAGCACAUGGAAAUGUUAAAUGCUGGAAUUCUGUUGCCCCGGGAGACAGGGUUCUCUCCCCAACUGUUUGGGAACAGAUGGAAAGCCAAUGGCGAAGCUUGGAAUGUCCACCUGGGAGAUGGGUGGGCAGGGCCAGGGGCUGGCAGGUGGCUGGAGAGGGGGUAUUGCCAGGCAAGGAGUGUUGAAUGGACACCUCCACUGGGGACAGACUCAGGCCCAGACAGACAAUGGCACUUACAUCCCCAUGGGCCGGAGAGACAGCGAGGGACCACUCCAGGAAUGAUGAAUGAAGCUUCCUGGCUGGAGGCCCUCACCCCCUCAGCCUCAGCUUCCUCACCUAUAAGUGGGGGUGACGUCACACCGCGUCACAGGAGUGCCGGUGACGUGGCGGAGAGCUCGGCGUGCUACCUGGUGUCUGUGCCUCACACGCUCGCUCCCACGGGCACCAGACCCAGUCCUGAGUCCCGCACGGGGCAGCUCAUGGCAUCACUGCCACAGCCAGGAGGGCAGGACAGGAUGCAGUCUAGGUCAACCCCGUCUGCGGCCAUGUGGCCUGAAUGGAACACUCUGGAAGAGGAAGAGGAAGACUGAGGUGGGCCCAGGCAGGGGGUUUACAAGGAAUCCCAGACAGAGGGCUCCUGGGCUCUGGCCUCAACCUAGCCAGGGAUAGGGCAGGGCCAGGCCACUGGGGUGGUCCUGCUGAAGGGGGCACUUGGCAGGGAAGAAGGACUGUGCCUCUUGUGUCAGCCACAGUCAGCUCCUAACCCACUGGGCUGAAGGCUCACCACUUCGGAGCCCCCGCACGGCAGAGACACAACCCUGAGAGGCGGGAACUAUUAUUCCCGUGUUAUGGGUGGACAGACCAAGGCGAAGGGACUUGCCCAAGGCCUCACAGCUAGCUGGUGGCAGAGCCACAACAGAUGGCCGAGCCCCAUCUAUCUGACUGGAGCCUGUGUGCUAGGGAACACACGCCCCUGCCCUGGCAGCUUCCUGUUUUGGGGAGGCUGUGGGGUGGGCCUGGGGCUUCCUGGGUGGCCUCCUGCCUCCACCUGGGCUGGGCAGACAGGCCGUGCGUGGCCACCCGGAAUCAUGACACCAGGGAGUUCACUUCUGACUCUCUGGUCAGCUUCAACAAGCAGUUUCCCCUCUCGAACCCAGGCCCAGCCAGACGUCACAGGGCCCUGGAGACUUCGGGCUCGCACAGGUCACUGGCGCAGGGAGACCUCCCUCAAAUCCCAAACCUGGCUGGGCUCUCUCGGGCUGCCCUCCGGCUUUGCAGCCCCUCCUCGCCCAGACGUCUGCGGCCGGCAGGCUCUCCCCUGCCUCGGGCUCCCCACCUGCUCCUCCUCCCUGGGGGAAGCCCUCCCCGACUCUCAGACCAGACCCACAGCCUGCCCUGUGAUCAUUCUCAUGUGUCAUUCUUUUAAUCCCCACUGAACUGUGAGAUUCCGGGACGGGGAUGGAGUCGGUCCUACUCUGCAGUGUGCCCAGCUCCUAGCACAGUGCCAGGUGCUCAGGAACUAUUUAUGGGUUGCCUGAAGCUGCUGUAGCCCUCCCCCUUUGCAAAAUUCUGAGUAACUUCACGGGGCAAUCCGUUAUGUACCGCUCCCUGUAAUGGAAAUCAAAUCUUACAGAUUGCCAUUUGAUUGAACCAUCAUGCGCGGAAGCCGAAUUCAAGACUGAUUGGGAAAACAAAACACACACACACACACACACACACACAAACAAAACAAAAAACAAAACAAGAAAAACCAGCCUGCCAGCUUAGUGAAUGCUGUCACAGAGGGAGGAGCUGGGCCUGGCCCCAAGGGACCCGAGAUGAUGCUGUCAGUGACGUCUUAACUCCAUCUGGUGCCCGGAGAGGCCUCUGGUCUGGGCUCCCCUGUCCGGUCCCCGGGACUCUGUCCAAGCUGCCAGGCCGCUGGGGCAGGCAGGCUGGCUCACGGGGGUCUGCACUGCUCAGAGGGGAGCUGGCGGAAGCAGGGGUAAGUCCGGGACCACCUCUGCCAAGGUCAGAGGCCAAGGCCACGACGGAGUCCAGAGCAGCAGGAGAACUACAUUUCCCAGAGUCCCCCAAAGCCGGGGCUGAGCCAUUGGCAGAUUUAAAUAGCCCAGGCCCGAGGCAGCCAGGCUGCAGCUGUGGGCUCCGGGCCUCCCCGGCGGCGGCGGCGGCUCCAUUGGCGCUGGCCUGGCGUUGGUGGGCUCGAUUGGCUGCCCAGCUGGCACUGACGUCCCCCGGAGCCUGGUGGCAGCCGGAGGUAAACAGCCAUGCACAAUCCUCCACUCUAUAUUUAACAGCUGCCCCGGAGAAGGCGGGGAGGCAGGCAGCGGUGGCAGCUCCUGUCUUCGGGGAGAAGGCCCUCGGAGCCGGGCUGGCACCAGCCUUCUGGGCGUGAGCAAGGCCACCAUGCCAGCUUCCCAGAACCGGGCCCGCGCCCGGGACCGCAACAACGUCCUCAACCGGGCCGAGUUCCUGUCCCUGAACCAGCCCCCCAAGGGGGCCCCAGAGCCCCGCAGCAGCUCGGGCAGGAAGGCCUCGGGCCCCUCGGCGCAGCCCCCGCCCGCAGGCGAGGGGGCCCGUGAGCGGCGCCAGUCACAGCAGCUGCCCGAGGAGGACUGCAUGCAGCUGAACCCCUCCUUCAAGGGCAUCGCCUUCAACUCCCUGCUGGCCAUUGACAUCUGCAUGUCCAAGCGGCUGGGGGUGUGCGCCAACCGCGCCGCGUCCUGGGCCGGCGCCCGCUCCAUGGUCAAGCUCAUUGGCAUCACGGGCCACGGCAUCCCCUGGAUCGGCGGCACCAUCCUCUGCCUGGUGAAGAGCAGCACCCUGGCCGGCCAGGAGGUGCUCAUGAACCUGCUCCUGGUGACGUGGAGCACCUUUUCAUUAUACGUCGUUGUAGUAAGAAAAAUUUCCGCCACUGCAAGGGUGGAUCAUGAAGAAAGUGAGCAUCUGCCUUACGUCCUGCCCAGGGAUGACCUCUGUUGCUGUCCGGAUCACAUCCCUGCGCGGACUGCUCCCUGCGCACACACUAGCACACGGUGGGCUGCUCCUGUCGCGAUCCUGCCGCUCGCCGCCUUCCCACGGCUGCCCCUGCCGUUCGGAAUCCUGGUCGCCCCGGGCCCUCACGGCAGCCGCGAGGGGUCAGCUGUCCGGACAGUCGGCUCCGCCAGCUCUGCCACCCCCGCCUGCUGGCUCUUGCUCCCAGGCACAACGUAGCUGACAGCCUGUCCACGAGGCUCGCGUGACCUGUCCCUAAUAAGGGAUGUUUAGUCUGCUCCCAAAUCUUCGCUGUCGGAUGUGCUGCCGCUGGAGACACACACCGGCCCCUCAGAGGGGCGCCUCCCCACGGUGACCUGCGUCACCUCCUGUCACCUCAGCGGGGCUCGGCGCACCAGUCGGUCCCUCAGGGAGGCCUUUGAUCACCCCAGACCAAGUCAGGGCCCCGCCACACACCGCCCUGGCAGCCACCCUCGCAGCUGGCACUCGGGGGCGGGACAGCGAGCGGUGCCGACGGGCCACGCCCGGGUCCCACCGGCCAUCCCCGCACUGGUUACCUCACUGCCCUGCUGCCCUCUCCCCCUGGGCCUGGCGCUCAGCUGAGCGAGUGAACGUGCUGUCGGGCGUGGCACUGAGGACCCCGAUUUCCUUGCACCCCAACCCCAACAGUCUUCACAGCCUAGCCUUAGCGUGCGGAUGCUUCCAGUGAGAAAAUGGAAAUUCCGUGAAUUACAUUUGCGCAGAGUCCCUCAGGCCAGGAGAGAUGGGAACAACCAGGAUCCACAGGUCAGAUCCCCGGGCACCGAGGGUCCGGGAAGCAGGGGCCUGGCACAUGCAUGCUUGCACACACACACAGGCGCACGCGCACACACACAUGCAUGCGCACACACACCACACUCGGGCCGGCACAGCAGAGCGCCCGAUAGCAAAUCAUUCCUGCCUCCCUCGGGGUUUCCCUGCGACCCCAGCUCUCUGCUCACUGAACGCUCCCCAGGGGCCGCGUCCUUCCGAGAUGCUGCUCUGGGUUUUUAAGUAAUUUUUAUGUGUCUGAUAAAAUAUAUAUAACAUAAAAUGUCCCAUUUUUAAGCAUUUUAAAGUGUACGUUCGGUGGCACUACGUACACUCAUGUUGUGCAGCCGUCACCACCGUCCGACUCCAGAACUUCUGUAUCUUCCCAAACUGAAACUCAGUCCCCGGGGAAACACGCACUCCCCGACCCUCCCCCGGUGCCCCGCGACCUCCCCUCCCCGUCGUCUCUAUGGAUUUGGCUACUCCAGGGACCCUGUAUGAGUGGAAUAUUUGUCCUUUUGUAAAAAUAACAUUUUUUAAAAUGUGCACAAAUAAUGCAUGUUCGUGGUAAGAAAGAUUUGAAGCACAGAACUACAAAAGGACAAUAAAAGUCAUUCAUAAUCCUCCUACCCAGCCGGAAGCUCUGCUGACAUUGAGUGUAGUACCUUUCAGACUUUUUUCUCUGCAUAUGGACACAUUUACUUACGUACGCAUCUUACUUUACAGAGGCGGCCUCCCACUGGGAACCGGCUUCCUAACCGGCCUUUGCCACUUCCCACACCGGCCGCCCUCCCUGGCUGUAAAGACUCUUCCUCGGCCGCAGUGGCCACAGAGCACUCUGUUGUCUAGUCGCGGCCACAGAGUGUCCCCUCUGUCUCCUACUGAAGGGCACGGGCUUAUCUCACAGUUUUCAGUGUUAUAAAUAAUGCUGCGGGGGACAUCCUUGACCGCCAGUCACGGUGCGUGUCCCUUAUUAUUUCCCAAGGAGAUAUUCCUACAAAGGGAAGCGCUGAGUCAAAGGGUGACGCGAUGCAAAGACUUCUGAUUCCGAAGCCAAGUGCCCUUCAGAGGGUUCAGGCCCGUUCUCGCUCCCCCCCGCCACCCGGGCAGGACACGCCGGUUCCCAACCUCUGGGAAGUCAGGAUGGGGGAUUAGAAGCAGGGUCGACCCCCAGGCCAGGAGCUCCGGGACCCCUCCUCACAGCCCCAGCCGGCAGGGGACACCACCCACACCUGUCCCUUCUCCAGCCUACAGGAGCCCCACGCAACCCCGUCUUUCACCUGGGCCCAGGCUUCCCAGCCCACCCAGCCCUGGUCCCCGGGGUCCUGCCCUGCUGCUGAGCUGGUCCUGCAGAGCGUGUCCUCAGGGGCAAAGUCCUCAGGCCCAAACCCAGAAGGGGUCCACGAGGUCACCCAGCCCACGCACCCCCGCCCCCACGCACGCAGCCGCGGGCAGGCAGCGCUGGGGGAGCUGCUUCCACGUCCUCCGGGACGGCAGCUCUUUGCGGAGGAGGCUUUGGCUCCUGUCCUGCCUCGAGGAUGCGCCCGCACUCCGUCUCCUUGGCCACCAUGCCACGAGGGCCCUGAGAUGGGGGGAAGGGUGGGCCCCAAGGCUGGUCCUUGUCACCCUCUGAGGCCUCGGGAACAGCUGUGUCUCCUGGGGGAGGUUCAGGGUCUCAGACGCACCCCCUGAAAGGGCCUGAGGGUGGGACUGUCGGGCGCAAGGGCGUGAGCGGUGGGCGGGCCGACCUGCCAUCCUCCGCCAGGGUCCCAGGUGCCGUUUAGGGAGCGCCCGCGGCUCUCAGCCCUGGGAGCAGGCUCCUCGUCGACCCCCUAACGUCACUGAGGAGAAGGGGGUCCCAAGGUCACGAGGUUCACAGUGACCAACCUUGAGGCGGGUCUCAAGUGGACCCUGAGUGCGGGGCCUCCGCCCCGGGGACCACAGCGAGGGAGGCCCUUGGAGGUGGGGUGACCGGCCCAGACACACUGCGGGGCUGGCCCUCGCCCCUGAGCCUCCUUCCAGGUGGACCUUCCCCCGACGAGGGUCCCUCUGCCCCUCCGAGUGGAGGAGGGGACGUAGUCAGCAGACUGGACGGGCCGUGGGGCAGGGCUCUUGGAGCCCUGAGUGGUGGCGCCAUUUGCUUCUAUUUCUGGGUGCCAGACGGCGUGCCGAUGGUGUCAGCGUCACAGUCACACCAGGGCGGCCGCGCUGGAGGAGGGAACAGGCCCCGCAGGAGGGGCAGUAGGACCCGGAGGCUGUGGGCUCUGCUGGGGACCGUCCUGAGGCUCGAGGGUGAAGGGGCCACUGCCUCUUCCGUUUUGCAGCCCCCAAGACCAGGGGCCGGGCAUGGUGGGCCUCGGGCGGUCACACCUGGGACAAAGUAACCCUGUAACGAUUUGCUCACUGCCCACCCCCUCCCCCCAGCCACGUGGGCCGCUGCCAGCCGAAUCCACCAGCCCCAGGCCUGGCACACGCCUGGCAGGCCCGAGAACCGGGGAAGCCCAAGAACUGGUGGCCGAGUGAAUGAAUGAACCAGGCACCGGUCCUCUUGGGGCACAGGGCAGAGAAGGGGCAGAGUCUCCACCUCACUGUGGCCUCCAGAGGUGGAAGCAGCCAGGAAUAGCAGCAGCUUCCCAAGGGCUCAGAUAUGGGGGAGGGAGUCUCAGUUUCUGCUCUUGCAGCAGAACGCCACAGAGGGCGAUUUGCAAAGAAUAGCAGCCUGUCUGGCCCACGGUCCUGGAGGCAGGGAAGUCCGAGGGACUUGGGCCACGUCAUUGCAGGACAGAGGGUGUCACAGGGCAAGACCUCGCAGGAGAGACGGAGAGGAGGAGAGGGGGAGAGAAAGAUGGAGAAGAGAAGGGGCUGGACUCGUCCUCCCCUCCCUCACCAACGCCUCUAACCCACGGGCCGGGCAGAGCCGCCAGGCGCCACCCCCCAACACUGCUGCCUUGGGAUUAAGUUUCCAGCUCGUGGACUUCUGGGGACACGUUCAGACCAUGGCGUGGGGUUUUGGAGUCAUGGGACGUGGGCAGUGCAGAAGCCUCCCAGGGGGGCAGUGGAGGGUCCUGCAAGCUGAGCUCCAGGUGCGGCCCCCCACACACCCAUAGCUACAGCCACAUCUGCUUCAUGUACUGGGUCUUCAUGCUUUCA